AUGGAGGGGCGAUGCCUACACGUUAUCCCAUGUCAGUCAGGAACACGUCAUUUCCUUUCCUAUCCUGCUCGUUUUUGCUAUUACCGUUGAAGAAACCUUCAGCGGAGAAGCUGCAGCUACGGAGACUGAGGUUAUCUUACGCGCGCGCCAGAUACUGUGUAUUUGUCUGGCCUCAAGGGGCGGGACCGGGACCGGGACGGCAGCUUCACAUUCGUUAACCUCAGCUGUCGUCGUUGGAGCGCCAGCCCUGAAGAGCCGAACGAGGCCCAGCCGAGCCGGCCCCCCGAACGGAAAGAGUCGGCGGAACCUGCUGCUGAAACUGAGGGCCGAGGGGAGAAUCACCCGGCAACGAUUAACAGCUGAGGUACUGAUCGAGUUCUGCUCUUCUUCAAUGAGGAACUACAGGCUGAUCUUCUGCCAUAACCUUAAGCAACCAUAAAUGACAAAAGGAUGCUUGGUCAGUAAAGGUAGCUGGCAUAGAAAAUAUUUUGUAAACAUAGGUGUUUAAGCGCUCUGAGAAAGACAGCUUUGAUACUGGGCUGCAUAAAGAUAUGAGGAAGAGCUCCUCCCCUUCUUUGAGUAACUGCAACUCUGUUCUCACUAACAAAAUAUUUGGAAUUCCACUUGAUGAACUCCAGCGGGAAGGACAGCCAGGCAGUGAAGUUCCAUUCAUAGUCCGCCAUGUUGUGGACUAUAUUGAGGAACAUGGAGGUCUAGAGCAAGAAGGACUUUUUCAAGUCAAUGGGAAUGCAGAAGCAGUGGAGUGGCUUCGGCAAAGAUAUGAUAAUGGAGAAGAGGUGGAUUUGGUUAAAGAAGCGGAUGUACCUUCAGCUAUUAGCCUUCUUAGAUUUUUUCUUCAAGCACUUCCAGAACCAGUUAUUCCUGGCACUCUGCGUAUGCAUUUGAUACAACUUUCUCAAGAUUUUAAUGAAGAUGAAUUUGGAAGAAAGUUGAGGUUCCUCUUGCAGCAGCUUCCACCUCUUAAUUACAGUUUGUUAAAGUUUCUGUGUAGAUUUUUAGCUAAUGUAGCAGCGCAUCAUGAAGAGAUUUGGUCUGCAAGUUCUUUAGCUGCAGUUUUUGGUCCUGAUGUCUUUCACAUCUACACAGAUGUGGAGGAUCAGAAAGAGCAAGAACUUGUUAGCAGAAUAAUGGCAGGACUGCUGGAGAAUUAUGAUGAACUCUUUGAAAAUGAAGAGGAAGAUUUCUCAUCUAAUGAUUUAAGUUCAAUAACUGAGCAGAUAAAUGAUAUCUUGGAUGAAGAAGAAAUAAAGCUUGAACAGUCUGAAGAACUGCCAGAAGAAGAAAACAUGGAGGACCCAGAAUACAGGCAAGAGAUAGAGCCUCAAGAUAUGAUGGAGAGCAUCUUGGAGUCAUGUAGCAUUUCAGCAUCAACAAGUGCUCAUCUCUCCCCCUUAAGCAUCUUGCCAGCCUCUGCAGACAUUUUAGAAAGAACAAUUAGAGCAGCUGUAGAACAACAUCUGUUUGAUCUGCAGAGCAGCAUAGAUGAAGAUCUCAAGAAUUUACAACACCACCAAAUGGUGUGCCAAGAAGCAAAUACUAAGGAGGGUGAAGAAGGAUCUAACAACAAGGAUGAUACUGAAAAGAAUAUUACUAAAGAUGGUGAGAAUCUUGGAGACUGCUCUAAAACUGUGGAUUGCACUAAUUUAGACAGUGAAGUUAUUCAGCCUGUGUCUGAGGAAAAAGAAAAUGGUCAGGAAGCAGGCAUAUUGUUGAAGCCAUGUGAUGGAACAGGAGAAGCUGAAGUGUCUGUUGGAGACAAGCAAGAUUGUACAUCAUUUGAUGAUGGCGACAAAAUGACUUCACAUGUGAUUCUGGGUUUUAUUAGCAAAGUUUGUGAUCCAAAUAUCAAAAAUGAAUUGGAAGAACUGAAAAACAAAAAUAACAAUGCUCCUGAAGCAACACUGUCUGUCCCUGUACCACAUCUUGAUUUGAAGAAUGUGAAUGGUGGUGACAAAUGGGAAGCGCCAUGCCCUAUCACUUUUCCCCUCAUUGAUUUCAAAACAAUGCAUCUACAGACAGAAGGGGAGGAGCCAUUUCCGGCUUUUAAAUCUUGGCAGGAAGAGAAUGAAUCUGGAGAGGCUCAGCUUUCUCCACAAGCUGGAAGAAUGAAUCAUCCUUUGGAAGAAGACAGUCAUCCUAUAUUGUCACAUCGGAGUUUGGAUUUUGGGCAAAGCCAGCGUUUUCUGCAUGAUCCAGAAAAAGUAGAUUCUUCAUCUAAAGCGCUUUCUUUUAUUAGAACUCGAAGAGCAUCAUAUAAUAGUUCUAAGGAUGACAGAAGGGAAGACAAGACUCCUUAUCAGCUAGUCAAAAAGUUGCAGAAAAAAAUAAGGCAAUUUGAGGAGCAGUUUGAAAAAGACAAAAAUUUCAAGCCAUCAUAUUCUGAUAUUGCAGCAAAUCCAAAGGUUUUAAAGUGGAUGACAGAGCUUACCAAACUGAAAAAGCAAAUAAAAGAUGCAAAGCACAAAAGUUCAGAUGGAGAAUUCAUACCUCAGACACGUCCACGAAGUAACACUCUCCCAAAAAGCUUUGGCUCAUCUCUGGAUCAUGAAGAUGAAGAAAAUGAAGAUGAUCUGCGUGUUGCACAGAAAGAGAAGAAGCCUACCAAGGAGGUCACAGUUGAAUUUAUUUUUAAAAGGCUGAAGGAAAAACGAAUUGAAAGAUGCCUACCAGAAGAUAUAAAGAAAAUGACGAAAGACCAUCUGGCAGAAGAAAAAACUUCACUCCAAAAAAGUCUCCUAUACUAUGAAAAUCAGCAUGGACGACCGGUCUCCAAAGAAGAAAGGCAUAUUGUUAAACCCCUCUAUGACAGAUACAGACUUGUGAAACAAAUGUUAGCUCGAGCGAGCAUUACUCCUAUUCUUGGGUCACCAUCAACCAAAAGACGCAGUCAGAUGUUACAACCUAUCAUAGAAGGAGAGACAGCCCACUUUUUUGAAGAAAUUAAGGAAGAGGAGGAGGAAGUUGAUCUGUCAUCAGAGUUCACAGAUCUCUUAAAAUCUAAUACCCAAAUGCAGUCUGUUAUUGCUAGUCCAGUUGAAAACUCAGAAUCUGAUGCUGAAGAGAGUCAAGAGAACUUAACUCGAGAGCUCCGUCUGUCUGGUACUCGUGCAGCUUCCAUGCCUGAAUUAUUGGAGCAACUUUGGAAAGCCAGAGCUGAAAAAAAGAAAUUGCGCAAAACUCUAAGGGAAUUUGAAGAAGGAUUUUAUCAGCAGAAUGGAAGAAAUGUUCAGAAAGAAGAUCGUGCUCCCAUGCUUGAUGAGUACAGAGAGUACAAGAAAGUUAAAGCCAAACUGCGGCUUCUUGAAGUCCUUAUCAGCAAACAAGAUUCUUCAAAAUAAAUAUAAUUUUUCUUCAUAACAGUGAAAGGUUGUUUUCCUGUGCUAUUCAUAGUACUGUUAGGUGUUCACCUUUGUGUUGCGCUGUUGAAAGAAUGCAGUUUUUGUAUACUCUAUGGUGCCACAUUUGAAAGGCAAGUAGGUCCUAUCUAGAAAGCUAAUGAAAAAAAAUGACUGCUCUGUCCAACUUUAGCAAACAUUUUCGUUCUUGUUUUUAAUUUAAAAUGAAUCUUCUUCCCAAAAGACUGUAGAACCAGAAUCAUUCAAAAACUCUGGACCUGCUAACUUCGUUUCAUCUGCAUAUUUGUUAGUGUUAUAUUGAACUCCUCUGUUGCCUUUUUAUGAUGGGGAACAAUGGCAGCAAAUCUGAAGAACACAAGCAUGUUCUUAAACACCAAACUGAAGUGAAAUGCCUUUCAAAGGACUGCUAUGGAAUAACUUUGUUUUUCAAAUGACAUUUGUCAUGUAAGAGAAUAGUUUAUAGUCUGUAGAUAUUGCAACUUUAAAGCUCCUUGCGCUUCAGUUUCAGAUGACAAUGGACAAACCAGAAAGUGACCUUGCUUGUUGUAUUUUUAAAACUUGGAAAAAUCUGAACAUUUAUAUCACAUAUUGCCUAUGAGACUUAUACUACUGUUAACAUCUAUCAAUUUAUCUGCUAAUGGUGAUUUAGUGUGUAAUCUGAAUUGGAUAUUGCAUCUUACCUUUUAGGGGAGAGUGUCAGUGCACGGAUGCGUAAAACUCAGAAGGCUUAUGUCAUUUAUAUAACGCUGCUGUAUCUGAAAUAAGCAUUUCUUAUAAAGGGCUAAAAUAAAAUCAUUAAUGUGAUGGACUUAAGGUGGACAGAGCCAACUUUGAAAGAAGCUUCUCUGCUAUGUCGCUAUUGUAGAAAUGGAAGGAAAAGUGACUUAAUAUUUGUUGCAUUCAGCAGAUAUCAAAUGGUUCUUGCAUGAUGAAGCUUCAGAAUUGAAACAUUUUUGGUGAUGUACACUUUGCCCAGUAUAUAUGGCAUUAGUCUUUAAUGGUCCCCCCUCAAUAGAUUUGCAUAUUCUGAAAGGCUUUGUCCAGGCCUUCCACGGGCAUAGUAUGUGCACGUAGAGGAAUCACCAAAGGUCAGAGCCUCCUUUUUCACUACCUGUCUUUAUGGCAUGUGUCUAGCACUGUAUCCCAGACCUUUACAGACAGCUUGAUGAAUUGUGUCUCAGUGUGAGAACACUGAAUGGGGAGGAAGAGGGCUCUGUUACGGAAUUCCUUUGCACGUGGGUGCUGCACCUGUGGCACAGCCAGACUGAGUCCUAAAUGUUGAAAUUGGCGGGAUUUGGGUGCCUUUUGUACCCAAAUUUUGUGCUGUGGCCAUGUUUUUAUAUGUGCUUAUUUGCUGCAUGUGUUAUGAAAAGCUAACAUCAACACCAGGUAUUGAUUCUCAUUGCUUUCUGAAAGACCAAAAAACAAAUGUAUGUGAAGUAAGUGGCUAGCAUGUAAAUUCAUCGGGUUGGUGUGUGAACAUGGAAUAGAUAGAAAAUAUGUUUUCAAUAUUCCAUACUUGCCCGUUUGCUCUGUCUCUGUUCUUACGGCUAUUAUAGGCAUGUAAUUUUGGAACCCAAGAGCGCUGAGAUGAGUUUAUAUUCUGAUGCUUUGCUUUUUUUAUACAACUAGGUUUUUAGUGGACCGUAGUGAAAUUGCAAGGUUGGAAAUUAAUCUGGAGAUAAUCUGUGGCUUUUUUUGGCUUCAUUGUGCAAUGUUCAUUUCAGUUUCUUUUCUAUCUGCAGACACAGGUGCAUCCAAAUAUUGAAACUUAUGUGUACUGUAUAGUGUUGUACAUGAAUGUUUUAUAUACCACAUGCAAAAUGUCAAUAUGCACUAUUUAAAUGUUUUAAAUAAUAUAUUCCUCCUUUAUAAUGCUUAAAUCUAUAUGAUUCCAAUAUUUUUAUAAAGUGAGUGAUCAGACUGGUUCCACUUCAGAAUAACAGCUGCUUGUGUGUGUUAUGCAGUGUUUGGCUGUUUGUUCAGUAUCGUAGCUAGCAUGGCAUCAGUUAUGCUAAGACUGUGUGUUGUGCCAUCCUUAUUGAGCAAUAAAUGGUAGCGUUAGACAUUUUGUGAUAUAACAUAGUUUUACUUUGGUAUAAGUAAAAACUAUAUAUGUGGAUAUAUAGAUAUAUAAAUAUAUAUAAAUAAACCAGAUAUAAAUGAUUGCUAUGUCUGGCAUUUCAUUGUAUAGAUUUUUAUAAUAAAAGGAUCUUUUAUUGUCAUA